CAUGGACCAAACCGGUGGGUAGAAGUCUAUGAAGGCGUUGGGACGGAGACGAACCUUGAUCGCGGACGGUUCCGCGGCUGCUGUUCGCCUCUUCGCCGCUAGAGCCGCUCCAGCCUUUGUUUGACGCUGGGAAAGUGCGUAAAGGCGAAGGCGAGCUGGAUUAGCCUCCGUGUUGUUGUGGCUGUGAGCUAACGUCACAGCUACUUUGGUCGAAGUGAGUAGAAGCAGCGCGACGUCGCUUUGUGUUCUUGUUUUGGGCUCGUUGUCAGGAUAAACGCUUCGCUGCUACAUCUGGCUAACAUCGAUGUUAGCCGUUAGCCGGCUCGUGUAAAUGCUAGUCCCUAGAAUGGAUCUGCUGAACGCUCAGUUCCUGGACAAGAUGAACAAUAACAUCGGGAGACUGCACUACGAAGAUGAGUCCAGGACGCCCUCCGCUGUUCCCAACAUAACUGGGCCUUCAGCGCAUUGUACAAGUAAACGGAAAUAUGGAGAAGAACAGGCAGACGAGCAAAUCAACUGUGAUGACGACCACAUGACCAAGAUGAGCAGGCUGUUCGCCUCUCAGCUGGCCCGUCCCUCUGCUGGAGACAACCCGAAUGAGCACUGGAGUCACAGUCCUGCGGAGCACAUAUCGUCCUUCCCCAACAGCCUCCACGGACACCCCCUGUACACCUCCAUCUCUGGCUAUGCUGUAGAUCAGCCCCUGCCGCUGACUAAAAGCAGCCACGACGCGGGCGUGGGGGGGCGGGAGAGGUCUGUGAUGGGGGGGGCUGUUGAACGGCAGCAGAAUCGUCCCUCAGUUAUAACCUGUGCUCCAGCGAACAACCGCAACUGUAGCCUUUCUCACUGCCACAUGAACGGCUGCUCCUCCAGUCCAGCUGCUGAUCAGAAGAAGGCAAAUGUAUGUGACCCUGUCAUUGAGGAGCACUUCCGUCGCAGUCUUGGAAAAAACUACAGAGAAGCAGCAUCUGUGUCCAACUCCGUUUCCAUCACUGGGUCGGUGGACGACCACUUUGCCAAGGCUCUGGGGGACGCCUGGCUUCAAAUAAAGACCAAAGGUGGAGGCCCUCCAACCCCAGAGGAAGACCUGUGAGGCAAAUCCACACUCACAGGUUACACAUCGCUCUGGCAAUUCCCCACUGUCAUUUCUUUCCAAGCAUCUAGUUUCUUUAGCCAAGAACAAUACAAGACUUGCGAAGGUUAAGCUUGACCCUUUUAUUAUAACCUUCAGGUCAGAUUUGUACUUCGAUUGAACUCUUCUCAUGGAAGAACAGAUAAUAAAUAUCACAUAGUUGGAUUGAUCUUAGCUCAGUACAAUCAUAGAUUUAAUGUUGAAUUGAUAAUGAGAGCAACCGACCACUGUGUUCUGUUUUACCUGCCUUUUACCUCAGUAACCAAAGAACUUCCCAGGCCUUCCAUCAACAUCUCUAGUUUGUUGUUUUGAUUCUAACUUCAGCUUUUCAUAACUUUCUGAAAAGCACCGCCGGGGCUCAUUUGCACUGUUACAUCGCCGACCUGUUAAAGCAGGUAACAAACUGGUGCGUUCAAGAUUGAAUGACUUGUUUGAGGUAGUGAUGAUGCAACGACGGCUCUGGCCUCCCGCCUUCAACAGAUGCUUGUCCGAUUCGUCUUCUUGGUCCUGAACUGGACUUUUUAACGUAGUAAUUUCAGCCUCUCGACUAUUUGCUCACUGUAGCUGAUCAAUCAGUAACUAAUGUCAAUCAUAGAUGUCUCUGAUUAGGUAGCAUGUUUCAAAUAGCUGGUUUCUAUUACAAACCUUAUUCUAUACCGUGUAUUUACUCAGAAUUUAUUUUUAUCUGUAACACUAGAAAUACUCACUGCUGGUACAGUUGUACUCAAUAUAUUUUUUGUAUCUGGUUUUCAUUACUAUAUGUAGAUGAGCGUCUUAUCAACCAUCUACAAACCACAGCCUCUGGUAAGGUUGUCUGAAUGCAGUUUAAUGGGCUCAGUGCUUUGUUAUUCUGUGGAGCUGGAUGCUUUCUCUUUAUACAUGACUGAAUACAGCACCGUCAGAUAUUCUGUAGCAGCGUCUUAACCGUGGUUUUAUUUAUUCUCAACAUGCGAGUAGUUUUGUGUUGAUGUGCAAAACAAGAACAACAAAGUGACAAAGCAAUUGACUUCUCUUAAAACCAAGAGGAAGUAUGAUUAUUGCACCAUGACAGCUUGUCUGGCAAAGUCUGUUACAAAUGUGUUUCAUGUCAUGGUAUGAGCUGCAGAAUCCUCCUCAUCAGUGAGUCUCAGUAAAACGAGUCUUCAUGCAGUUGAGUUUUUUUCUUUAUGUAGUAGUUUAACCUUUGACGACAUGGUUUAGAUUUGUUCAUUAACUCUGAAGACAUGUACGUGUGUUUUCAUAUUCUGCUGGGUUUUGCUUUGUUGUCUUUAAUUAUAUUUUCUCACAGACUAUCAUUGCGCGGCGCGGAAUGAUCUUGGACCUUUUUGUUACUGUUGAAGUAGUGUUCUCGGUUUUCUAACCCCGUGUUCUACCGUUCUCAGUUGAUUUUCCCACAGUCAAAUGCUUCAAGUGCAGGAACGGCGGUGUUUUAGUGAAAGACGUCUGCACUGAUCGUUUUAGUUUUCUCUGUCCUUUUGUAGAAUUAAAUCUGCUUGUUUGAUACAAGCAGAUGUUAAGUAAUAUCUUCAGGGUAUUAGUCAGUUUUUAUUUAAUUAUUAUUUAGAUUACCUGUAUCUCAACUGUUAACACAAACAACCUAGUGUCACCGUGUGUCAUCGGCAGAGACAGCAAAGCAUUUGUUCUGUUCUUAUUUCUCUGGAAGAAAAUGCCACUGAUUGUACUUACUGCUUCCAAAUAAACAUAUAAAUGUUA